GCAACUGAUAACGACGUGGGCACAUAUGGGAAAGUCAAUUAUUUUUUCAGUGAUGACCCUGACCGUUUCUCUCUGGACAAGGACACGGGCAUCAUCCUCCUGACAUCUCGGCUGGACUUUGAGACCACGCAGCGUUACACCUUGACCAUCAUUGCCAGGGACGGUGGAGGGGAGGAGACAACGGGGCGCGUCCGGAUCAACGUCCUCGAUGUCAACGACAACGUCCCCACCUUCCAGAAGGAGGCAUACCUGGGGGCCCUGCGGGAGAACGAGCCCUCUGUCACCCAGGUGGUCCGGCUCCGGGCAUCAGAUGAGGACUCCCCUCCAAACAACCAGAUCACUUACAGCAUCGUGCAGGCCUCUGCCUUCCCCGACUACUUUGACAUCGUGGUGUCAGAAGGGUACGGAGUGAUCAGUGUGAACCACCCUCUCGACUACGAGCAGGUGGCCAAUGGGGUUAUUUACCUGACUGUGAUGGCCACAGAUGCUGGGAACCCACCGCUCAACAGCACCGUCCCCGUCACCAUUGAGGUGUUUGAUGAAAAUGACAACCCCCCAACAUUCAGCAAGCCUUCCUAUGUCAUAACCGUCAUGGAGGACAUCAUGGCAGGAGCCACGGUGCUGUUUCUCAAUGCCACGGACAUGGACCGGUCCAGGGAGUAUGGGCAGGACUCAAUCAUUUACUCCCUGGAGGGCUCCUCACAUUUUCGGAUCAACGCUCGCUCAGGAGAAAUCACGACGACGUCUUUGCUGGACCGAGAGGCCAAAUCCGAAUACAUUCUCAUCGUCCGGGCAGUGGAUGGAGGUGUGGGCCACCACCAGAAGACAGGCAUUGCCAUGGUGAACAUCACGCUGCUGGACAUCAACGACAACUAUCCCAUGUGGAAGGAUGAGCCUUACUUCAUCAACCUGGUGGAAAUGACUCCCCCCAACUCAGACGUCACCACGGUGGUUGCCAUCGACCCAGACCUGGGAGAGAAUGGAACAGUGGUGUACAGCAUCCGACCCCCCAACAAGUUCUACAGCCUCAACAGCACCACGGGCAAGAUCCGCACCACCGGUGUCCUCCUGGACCGCGAGAACCCCAACGCCCAGGAGGCCCAGCUCAUGAGGAGGAUCGUGGUGUCGGUCACCGACUGUGGGAGGCCACCCCUGCGAGCCACCAGCAGUGCCACAGUUUUUGUCAACCUGCUGGACCUGAAUGACAACGACCCCACUUUCCAAAACCUGCCUUUCGCCGCCGAGAUCGCCGAGGGCCUUCCUGAGGGCUCCUCUGUUUUCCAGGUAGUGGCCAUUGACCUGGACGAGGGUCCGAACGGGCAGGUGACGUACCGCAUGCAGGUAGGGAUGCCCCGCAUGGAUUUCCUCAUCAACAGCACCAGUGGACUCGUCACCUCCACCGCCGUGCUGGACAGGGAGAGGAUUGCUGAGUACUACCUGAGAGUGGUGGCCAGCGACGCCGGCGUGCCCUCCAAGAGCUCCACCAGCACCCUGACUGUCAAAGUUCUGGAUGUGAACGAUGAGAACCCCACCUUCUUCCCAGCCAUCUACAAUGUGUCACUGCCCGAAAAUGUGGCCCGGGAUUUCAAAGUGGUCCGGCUCAACUGCACGGACGCUGAUGUUGGGCUGAACGCUGAGCUCAGCUACUUCAUCACAGGUGGGAACCAGGAUGGCAAAUUCAGCGUCGGCUUCCGGGAUGGAGUGGUCAGGACUGUCGUGAGUCUGGACAGGGAGACUGUGGCAUCAUACACGCUGAUCCUGGAGGCCAUUGACAACGGCCCCACGGGGAACCGGCGCACCGGGACUGCCACCGUCUACGUGACCGUCCUGGAUGUCAAUGACAACAGACCCAUCUUCCUUCAGAGCAGCUAUGAAGUCAGUGUCCCCGAGGACAUCCCAGCUGCCAGCAGCAUAGUGCAGGUGAAAGCCACAGAUGUGGAUGAAGGUGUUAACGGGAGGGUGUGGUACCGGAUUGUCAGGGGAAACGAGCACAACCACUUCCGCAUCAAUCCCAGCACGGGGCUGGUGAUGAGAGGCGUGCGGCACCUCGACAGGGAGCAAAACUCCUCUCACGUCCUGGAGGUAGAGGCCUACAACACAGAGCAGGGACCCAUGAGGAGCUCCGUGAGGGUGAUCAUCUAUGUGGAAGAUGUCAACGACGAGGUGCCAGUGUUCACCCAGCGGCAGUACAACCGUCUGGGACUGAGGGAGACAGCAGGUAUAGGGACUUCAGUGGCAGUGGUCCGGGCCACCGACCGAGACACAGGGAACGGCGGUUUGGUGAGCUACAAAAUCCUGUCGGGUGCUGAAGGGAAGUUUGAGAUUGAUGAGAGCACGGGCCUCAUCACGACCAUCGAGUACCUGGAUUAUGAGACCAAAACCAGCUACCUGAUGAAUAUCUCUGCCACCGACCAAGCACCCCCCAACAACCAGGGCUUCUGUAGCGUGUACGUCAGCCUGCUGAAUGAGCUGGAUGAGGCCGUGCAGUUCUCCAACAGCAGCUACGAGGCCGUGAUCAUGGAGAACAUCCCCAUGGGCUCCGAGGUGCUCAGGGUCCAGGCCCGCUCCAUUGACAACCUCAACCAGAUAACCUACAAGUUCGACCCCAACACCAAUGCCCAGGCACUUUCCCUUUUCAAAAUCAAUGGGAUCACAGGUGUGAUCACAGUUAAAGGCCAAGUGGAUCGGGAGAAAGGGGAUUUCUACACCUUGACAGUGGUAGCUGAUGAUGGAGGACCAAAGAUAGACUCCACAGUGAAGGUGACCAUCACAGUCUUGGAUGAGAAUGACAACAGCCCCCAGUUUGACAUCACCUCCGACUCGUCGGUGAGCGUGGCGGAGGACAGCGCAGUCGGCAAGCGGGUGGCUGUGGUCCUGGCCCGUGACCCGGAUGCAGGCAGAAAUGGGCAGGUGACCUUCUCGCUGACAUCAGGGAACAUCGGUCGGGCUUUCGAGAUUCGUACCACCAACAACACCUAUGGUGAGGUGUUUGUGGCACGGCCACUGGACCGGGAGCUGCUGGAUCACUACACCUUACGGAUCCAAGCCUCAGAUGGUGGCGUGCCCCCGCGGAGAAAGGAGCACACCCUGCGAGUGAACAUCCUCGAUGUCAAUGACAACCCCCCCAUCAUUGACAGCCCCUUUGGCUACAACGUCAGCGUGAGUGAGAACGUCGGUGGGGGCACGGCGGUGGCCCAGGUACGUGCCACCGACCGGGACGUCGGCCUCAACAGCGUCCUCUCCUACUACAUCACCCGUGGGAACGAGGACCUGACCUUCCGCAUGGACCGCGUCACCGGCGAGAUCGCCACCCGGCCCUCCCCGCCCGACCGCGAGCGCCAGAGCUUCUACAGCCUGGUGGUCACCGUGGAGGAUGAGGGCAACCCCUCCUUGUCGGCCACCACCACCGUGUAUGUCACCGUCCUGGAUGAGAACGACAACGCUCCCGCUUUCCAGCAGCAGCUCUACGAGGUGACCCUUGAUGAAGGUCCCGCCACACUCAACGCCACCCUCGUCACCGUGCAGGCCCUGGACCAGGACGAGGGACCCAACGGCACAGUUGCGUACGCCAUCACCGAAGGCAACAUCUUGGGUACCUUCCAUAUCAACAGCACCACGGGGCAGAUCCGCACGGUGAAGGAGCUGGACUAUGAGAUCAGCCACGGGCGCUACACGUUGAUCAUCACCGCCACCGACCAGUGCCCCAUCGUCUCACGCCGGCUGGCGUCGACUGCCACGGUGCUGGUGAACCUCAACGACAUCAAUGACAACCGUCCCACCUUUCCACGGCCCUAUGAGGGUCCCUUUGACGUCACGGAAGGGCAGCCUGGCCCACGUGUCUGGACCUUCCUGGCCCAUGAUGGUGACUCAGGACCCAGCGGGCAAGUGGAGUACAGCAUCAUCGCUGGGGACCCUCUUGGGGAGUUUGUUAUCUCCCCAGUGGAAGGGGAGCUGCGGGUGCGGAAGGACGCUGAGCUGGACCGCGAGAACAUCCCCUUCUACAACCUCACCAUUGCUGCGCGGGACCGGGGGGUGCCACCCCUCAGCUCCACGAUCCUGGUGGGCGUCCGCGUGCUGGACAUCAACGACAAUGACCCUGUGCUCCUCAACCUCCCAAUGAACCUCACUCUCAGCGAGAAUGCCCCUGUCUCCAGCUUCGUCACCCGCAUCCUCGCCCGGGACGCGGACAAGGGGCCAAACGCCCUCCUGACAUUUGACAUAACUGCAGGCAACACGGAGAACACCUUCUACAUCAACAGCACCAGCGGAGUCAUCUAUGUAAACCGCCCACUGGACAGGGAGCGGGUGGCAGAGUACAGGCUGACCAUCACGGUGAAGGACAACCCCGAGAACAUACGCAAUGCCAGGCGGGAUUUUGACCUGCUGGUCAUUUCCAUAGCGGAUGAGAAUGAUAACCGCCCGCUCUUCACCCAGAGCUCCUACCUGGCUGAGGUGAUGGAGAACUCACCCCCAGGGACUCUGGUCACAGUGCUCAAUGGACCCAUCCUAGCUCUGGACAGUGACCAGGGCAGCAAUGCCGUGGUGACCUACCAGCUGCUGAAAUCAUCCCUGGACUUCUUUAUUAUCAACAAUAGGACAGGUGUUGUUUCGGUGAAGCCCGGCAGCAUGAUAGAUCGAGAGGCUUUGCUGGACCAUCACCUGGAGUUCAUGCUGGUGGCUCGUGAUGUAGGGGGACUGAACAGCACUGCCAGCCUGGUGGUGACCAUCCUGGAUGACAAUGACAACUGCCCCAUCUUCCAACCAGCAUCUGUCACAGCACGGCUGCAGGAAAACAGCCCCCCAGGCUUCUUCAUCCUCCAGGUGACAGCCACGGAUGCCGACAGCGGCCUCAACCAGCAGCUGGAUUACCGGAUCGAGAGCGGCGGCCAGGACAGGUUCCUGAUUGAUGCUGCCACGGGGGUGAUCCGCGUGGCCAACCUCAGCAUCGACCGGGUGCUGACGGUGGUGGCCGUGGAUCAGGGCACACCGGCGCUCUCGGGCACCGCCACCGUCAGCCUCUUCAUCGAUGAUGUCAAUGACUGCCGGCCCGAGUUCAUCAACCCCAUCCAGACAGUCAGCGUCCCUGAGUCUGCGGCGCCCGGCACCGUGGUGGCUGAGGUGACCGCCAUCGACCGGGACCUCAACCCUCGCCUGGAGUACUACCUGCUGGAGAUCGUGGCCCGUGACGACACGGACGCGCUGGUGCCUGACCAGCAAGGAGCAUUCACGGUGGAUUUUAGGACAGGAGCUGUGAAGAUCAAAACUCCCCUCAACCGAGAACUGGUGGCCACCUACGAGGUCACCAUCUCCGUCCACGACAAUGCCAGCGAAGUCAUCGACCGCUCAGUCAGCGUGCCCAACGCCAAGCUGACAGUCAAUGUCUUGGAUGUCAAUGACAACACACCACGCUUCCGCCCCUUCGGGGUCACCUAUUUCACCGAGAGGAUCCUGGAGGGAGCCACACAGGGCACCACACUCAUCUCCAUCUCAGCAGUGGACCCAGACAAAGGUGCCAACGGGCAGAUCACCUAUGAGCUGCUGACCCUUUCCCCAGAAGGCUAUGCCUGCCUUGAAGACCAGUCGGCAGGGAAGGUCGUGGCCAACAGGACGGUGGACUACGAGGAGGUGCAGUGGCUGAACUUCACUGUCCGAGCUUCCGACAACGGCUCUCCCCGCAGAUCUGCUGAGAUCCCUGUGUACCUCCAGAUAGUGGAUGUCAAUGACAACAAUCCUGUUUUCAGCCAACCAUCCUACCAGAAAGCUGUCUUUGAGGAUGUACCAUUGGGUACAGUCAUCCUGAGGGUCACGGCCACAGAUGCAGAUUCUGGACGUUUUGCUCUCAUCCAGUACAGCCUGGGGGAUGGAGAGGGCAAGUUUGGGAUAAAUCCCAACACGGGUGACAUCUACAUCCUGUCAGCCCUGGACCGGGAGAAGAAGGAUCACUACACACUGACAGCUGUGGCCAGAGACAACCCUGGGGAUGUCUCCAGUAACCGUCGUGAGAACUCCGUGCAGGUGUUGAUCACAGUCCUGGACAUCAACGACUUCAGGCCCCAGUUCAGCAAGAGUCAAUUCAGCACCAGUGUGUAUGAGAAUGAGCCAGCAGGGACAUCAGUCAUCACCAUGACUGCCACCGACCUGGACGAAGGGGAUAACGGUGUGGUGACAUAUAGCAUUGAGGGCCCUGGAGCAGAGGCUUUCAAGAUCAAUAAAGACUCAGGGCUCAUUAAGUCCCGGCGGCGCUUGCAGUCCUAUGAGAGGUUCAACUUGACCGUAGUGGCCACAGACAAGGGGCGUCCCCCUCUCUGGGGGACCACCAUGCUCCACAUCGAGGUCAUUGACAUCAAUGACAACCGCCCUGUCUUUGUCCGCCCACCCAACGGCACCAUCCUGCACAUCAAGGAGGAGAUCCCCCUACGGUCCAACGUCUAUGAGGUCUACGCCACCGACAAAGACGAGGGCCUCAAUGGAGCUGUGCUCUACAACCUGCUGAGGACCGGGGCGGGGAACAAAGACUGGGAGUACUUCAGCAUCGACUCAGUCAGCGGGCUGAUCCAGACAGCCAUGCGGCUGGACCGGGAGAAGCAGGCGGUGUACAACCUGAUCAUUGUGGCCUGUGACCAGGGCCAGCCAGCCUAUGAGACCAUGCAGCCCCUCCAGGUCGCACUCGAUGACAUCGAUGACAAUGAGCCCAUCUUCCUCAGGCCACCCAAGGACAGUCCCCAGUACCAGGUGCUCUCCGUCCCCGAGCACUCAGAGCCAGGCACCUUGGUGGGGAACGUCACUGGAGCAGUGGACGCGGAUGAGGGCUCCAACGCCAUCGUCUACUACUUCAUAGCAGCUGGGAACCAGGAGAGCAACUUCCAGCUGAGCCGAGAGGGGAAGCUGCAGGUCUUGCGAGACCUGGACCGGGAGAAGGAGCCCUACUACUCCAUCAUAGUCAAAGCGUCCAGCCAGAGGAACUGGUCCCCUCCCCGGGGCCAGCGGGCAGGCAGAGCCCAGUCCUGGGACCUCAUUGGAGACCUGACCCUUCAGGAAGUGCGGAUAUUCCUGGAUGACAUCAAUGACCAGUCCCCCCAGUUCACCAAGUCAGAGUAUACAGCGGGGGUUGCCACGGACGCCAAGGUGGGGUCUGAGCUGAUCAGAGUGGUUGCAGUGGACGCCGAUGUGGGCAAUAACAGCCUGGUCCUGUACAAUAUCUUGGGCAUCCGCUACAUCAAGCAGCACUCCAACGACUCUGAGGAGGUGGCCAACAUCUUUAGCAUUGGAACCCUUGAUGGCAUCCUGCGAACCUUUGACCUCUUCACGGCCUACAACCCAGGCUACUUUGUGGUGGACAUCAUGGCCUCUGACCUGGUGGGCCACAACGACACAGCUAUUGUGGGGAUUUACAUUCUGCGGGAUGAUCAGCGAGUCAAAAUCAUCAUCAAUGAGAUACCUGACAAAGUCAGGCAGUUUGAGGAGGAGUUCAUCAGCCUGCUCUCGAACAUCACAGGCGCCAUCGUCAACACGGAUGACGUGCAGUUCCAUGUUGACAAGAAAGGUCGGGUGAACUUCGCACAGACAGAGCUGCUGAUCCAUGUGGUGAACAAAGAGACCAACCGCAUCCUGGAUGUGGAGCGGGUGAUUCAGAUGAUAGACGAGAAUAAGGAGCAGCUGAGGAACCUCUUCAGGAACUACAACGUGCUGGAUGUACAGCCUGCCAUCACCACCCGGGCCCCAGAUGACCUCUCAGCUCUGCAGAUGGCAAUCAUCGUGCUGGCUGUCCUGCUCUUCCUGGCUGCCAUGCUCUUCAUCCUUAUGAACUGGUACUACCGGACAGUGCACAAAAGGAAAUUGAAAGCCAUAGUUGCUGGCUCCACCGGAAACAGGGGCUUCAUGGACAUCAUGGACAUGCCAAACACCAACAAGUACUCCUUCGAUGGGGCCAACCCGGUGUGGCUGGACCCCUUCUGCAGGAACAUGGAGCUGGCAGCACAGGCAGAGCACGAGGAUGAUCUGCCAGAGAACCUGAGCGAGAUCACCGACCUGUGGAACAGUCCUGCCCGCACCCACGGGACCUUUGGCAGAGAACCAUCUGCAGCCAAGCCUGAGGAUGACCGCUACCUGCGGGCAGCCAUCCAGGAGUAUGACAACAUUGCCAAGCUGGGGCAGAUCAUGCGGGAGGGACCCAUCAAGGGCUCUCUCUUGAAGGUGGUCCUGGAUGAUUACAUGCGCUUGAAAAAACUCUUUGCCCAGAGGAUGGUGCAUAAGGCCACUGCCAGUCAGGGGGACCGCUCCUCGGUCUCAGAGCUGAUCCAGAAGGAGCUGGAGGAGGAGGAGGACAGCCCUAGCCAGGGCAGCCUCCGCUUCCGACACAAGCAGCCGGUGGAACUGAAGGGUCCCGAUGGCAUCCACGUGGUGCACGGCAGCACGGGCACGCUGCUCGCCUCCGACCUCAACAGCCUGCCCGAGGAUGACCAGAAGGUGUUGGGUCGCUCACUGGACACUCUGACCGCCGACUGUGGGAGCUACAGCGACCACAACGCCCGCACCGAGUCGGCCAAGUCCACCCCUCUGCACAAGAUGCGGGAGGUGAUCAUGGAGAGCCCGCUGGAGAUCACCGAGUUAUGA